UCUGGGACGGGCUGAUGGUCCACCGCCUCUUCCUCCUCCUUCUCCAAGCUGGAGUGAGUAGGGCUGGGGAAAAAACUCCGCAACUUCCCGGUCUCCAGCCCAGAGCCCCGAGUGUCCGCACACUGUGGCGACAGGGACGACAGAGUGGGCCUGCGGGAGGCUGGGGUGGCGAGUUCCAGGGAGGCGUGGAUCACCGAGCGGGCUGCGGUCCCGCCUCCAGCGCCGCGCCCCGGCGCUCGGGCUUUGGCGCUGGCUCCCCUCAACCAUUACCCUGGGCGCCCGGCGAGCCCAGUGGUUAGCGAUGCUGCUGCUGCGGUCGCUACCUCUGCUGCCUCUGCUGCUUCUGCUGGGGGCACCAGGGAGCUUCGCCGAGGGCGCGGUGACCGCGCUUACCCGCGAGUCCGUCCCGUGGCAGGAUAAAGGAAUAUUUGUUAUCCAGAGUGAAAACCUCAAGAAAUGCAUUCAAGGAGGCAAAUCUGUACUAACCUUGGAGAACUGCAAACCACUCAGCGAGCACAUGCUGUGGAAAUGGGUUUCAAACCACCGCCUCUUUAACUUAGGGGGCAGUGGCUGCCUAGGCCUGAAUUUAUCUAAUCCAGAGCAGCCAUUGAGCUUAUACGAGUGUGAUUCCACUCACGUUUCCUUGAGAUGGCGCUGUAACAGGAACAUGAUCACCGGCCCUCUCCAGUACAUGGUGCAGGUGAACCACAACAACAUGCUUGUGGUCUCAAGGAAAUAUCUUCACAAGUGGAUUUCCUAUAUGUCAGAUGGUGGAAGCAUUUGUGAAUAUCUGCACAAAGAUUUGUACACAAUCAAAGGGAAUGCCCACGGGACACCAUGCAUGUUUCCCUUCCAGUAUAACCAACAAUGGCAUCAUGAAUGCACCCGGGAAGGGCGGGAAGAUGACUUACUGUGGUGUGCUACAACCAGUCGAUAUGAACGAGAUGAGAAGUGGGGAUUUUGCCCAGAUUCCACAUCCUCAGAGGUGGGUUGUGAUGCCAUCUGGGAGAAGGAGCUCAAUUCACACAUUUGCUACCAAUUCAACCUGCUUUCCUCUCUUUCCUGGAGUGAGGCACAUUCUUCAUGCCAGAUGCAAGGAGGAGCUUUACUAAGUAUUGCAGAUGAGAAUGAAGAAAAUUUCAUAAAGAAGCACUUGGGCAGUGAAGCUGUGGAAAUGUGGAUAGGUCUGAAUCAGCUGGAUGAAAAUGCUGGUUGGCAGUGGUCUGAUAGAACACCGUUCAACUACCUGAACUGGAACCCAGAAAUAAAUUUUGAGCCAUUUGUUGAACAUCAAUGUGGAACAUUUAAUUCAUUUAUGCCAAAUGCCUGGAGGAGUCGGGAUUGUGACUCUAUCUUGCCUUAUAUAUGUAAAAAAUAUCUAAACCACACUGAUCAAGAAGGGAUUGAAAAAAGUGCCUGGAAAUAUUAUGCAACACACUGUGAGCCUGGCUGGAAUCCCCACAGUCAUAACUGCUAUAAACUUCAGAAAGAAAAAAAGACCUGGAAGGAAGCUUUGCAUUCUUGCCAGUCUGAUAACAGCACAUUGAUAAACAUGGCUUCAUUAGCAGAUGUGGAGUUUUUUGUAACCCUCCUUGGAGAUGAAAAUGCAUCAGAAACAUGGAUUGGUUUGAGCAGCAAUAAAAUUCCAGUUUCCUUUGAAUGGUCUAAUGGCAUCUCAGUCACCUUUACUAAUUGGCACAUACUUGAACCCCAAAUUUUUCCAAAUAGAAGCCAGCAAUGUGUCUCAGCAGAGCAAUCUGAGGGACACUGGAAAGUUAAAAAUUGUGACGAAACACUUUUUUACAUUUGUAAGAAAGCAGGCCAUGCCCCUUCUGACACCGAAUCAGGCUGUCGAGAGGGAUGGGAGAGACAUGGUGGAUUCUGUUACAAAAUUGACACUGUCCUUCGAAGUUUUGACCAUGCCUCUAAUGGUUAUUACUGUCCUCCUGCCCUUGUAACCAUUACGAACAGCUGCCAGGCAGAAGGAAAUCUUUAUCUUCAACUUGAUCACCCACCCAAAACGUUUCAAGAAGACCUUGGGUUAGAAGUCCUCCAGUUUGAACAGGCUUUUAUUACCAGUUUGAUCAGUAGUGUGGUAAAAACGAAGGAGAGUUAUUUUUGGAUCGCUCUUCAAGAUCAAAAUGAUACAGGAGAAUACACUUGGAGAACAGCAGCAGGACAGAAGUCUGAGCCCGUGCAGUACACACACUGGAAUGCACAUCAGCCUCGCUACAGUGGUGGUUGUGUUGUCAUGCGAGGAAAGAGUCCGCCUGGUCGCUGGGAAGUGAAGGACUGUAAACACUUUAAGGCAAUGUCCCUGUGUAAGCAGCCAGUGGGAAAACAGGAGAAAACGGAGCAGGAAGAAAGAUGGCCAUUUCACUCCUGCUACUUGGACUGGGAAUCAGAGCCUGGGUUGGCCAGCUGCUUCAAGGUAUUUCAUAGUGAAAAAGUCCUGAUGAAAAGAACAUGGAGAGAAGCAGAAGCAUUUUGUGAAGAAUUUGGUGCUCACCUUGCAAGCUUUGCCCAUAUUGAGGAAGAGAAUUUUGUGAAUGAGCUUUUACAUUCAAAAUUUAAUAGGACAGAAGAAAGGCAGUUUUGGAUUGGAUUUAAUAAAAGAAACCCACUGAAUGCUGGCUCGUGGGAGUGGGCUGAUGGGACUCCUGUUGUCUCUUCAUUUUUAGACAAUACUUAUUUUGGAGAAGAUGCAAGAAAUUGUGCUGUUUAUAAGGCAAAUAAAACAUUGCUGCCCUUGCACUGCAGUUCCAAACGUGAAUGGAUAUGCAAAAUUCCAAGAGAUGUGAGACCCAAGAUUCCACCCUGGUAUCAGUAUGAUGCACCCUGGCUCUUUUAUCAGGAUGCGGAGUAUCUUUUUCAUACCUAUGCUGCAGAAUGGCCCUCCUUUGAGUUUGUUUGUAGCUGGCUGCGUGGUGAUCUUCUCACAAUUCAUUCUGCACAUGAGCAAGAAUUUAUCCACAGCAAAAUUAAAGCGCUAUCAAAGUUUGGUGUAAAUUGGUGGAUUGGACUUCAAGAAGAAAAAGCCAAUGAUGGAUUUCGCUGGAGAGAUGGAGCGCCAGUAAUAUACCAGAACUGGGACGAAGGAGGAGAAGGAUCUACGAAUAAUCAGAGCCAGAGAUGCGGCUUCAUUUCAUCCAUAACAGGACUAUGGGCUACUGAAGAGUGUUCCGUUUCUAUGCCUAGCAUCUGUAAGCGAAAGAAGGUUUGGAUCAUAGAGAAAGAGGAAAAGACCCCAAAACAACACGGAACAUGUCCCAGAGGAUGGCUAUAUUUUAACUAUAAGUGCCUUUUGGUGAAAAUCUCCAAAGACCCAAGUGAUUGGAAGAACUGGACAUCCGCUCAGGAUUUCUGUGUUGAAGCAGGGGGAACACUGGUCACCAUUGAAAAUGAGGUGGAGCAAGCUUUCAUUACUAUGAAUCUUUUUGGCCAGACCACUAAUAUGUGGAUAGGGUUACAAAAUGAUAAUUAUGAAAAAUGGGUAAAUGGAAAGCCUGUGACAUACUCUAACUGGUCUCCAUUUGAUGUAAUAAAUAUUCCAAGUCAUAACACCACUGAAGUUCAAAAACAUAUUCCUCUCUGUGCCUUGCUAUCAAGUAAUCCUAAUUUUCAUUUCACUGGAAAAUGGUAUUUUGAAGACUGUGGAAAAGAAGGUCAUGGGUUUGUUUGUGAAAAAAUGCAGGAUACCUCUGGACACAGUGUAAAUACAUCUGAUAUGUAUCCAGUCCCCAAUAUCUUGGAAUAUGGGAACAGAACUUAUAAAAUAAUUAAUGCAAAUAUAACUUGGUAUACAGCAAUAAAAACCUGCCUAAUGCAUGGAGCAGAAUUGGCCAGCAUUACAGAUCAGUAUCACCAGUCCUUCCUCACUGUUAUCCUCAACAGGAUAGGACAUGCCCAUUGGAUUGGACUAUUCACUGCAGAUAAUGGUCUUAAUUUUGACUGGUCUGAUGGGUCCAAAUCUUCCUUCACUUUUUGGAAAGAUGAUGAGUCAGCCAUCUUGGGUGACUGUGUUUUUGCUGACACCAAUGGGCGCUGGAGUAGCACAGCCUGUGAGUCAUUUCUUCAAGGAGCAAUUUGUCAUGUACCUACUGAAACAAAACCAUUUGGACACCCAGAGUUGUGCUCAGAAACAUCUAUUCCCUGGACAAAAUUCAAAAGUAAUUGCUACAGCUUUUCUACAGUCCUAAACAGUAUGAGUUUUGAGGCUGCUCAUGAAUUUUGCAAAAAGGAAGGGUCUAAUCUUUUAACAAUCAAGGAUGAGGAUGAAAAUUCAUUUCUCCUAGAAGAGCUUUUUGCUUUUGGUUCUUCUGUCCAGAUGGUUUGGUUGAAUGCUCAGUUUGAUGGUGAUAAUGAAACCAUAAAGUGGUUUGAUGGAACUCCCACAGAUCAGUCAAACUGGGGCAUUCGGAAACCAGAGAUGGAUCAUGUCAAACCCCAUCUGUGCAUUGCCCUAAGGAUCGCUGAAGGAGUAUGGCAGUUAUCCCCAUGUCAAGAAAAAAAAGGAUUUAUAUGCAAAAUGGAAGCAGAUAUUCAUGCAGUAAAGGAGCAUUCAGGAAAAGGACCAAGUCACAGUAUUGUACCUCUUGCAGUAGCACUCACACUGAUAGUGAUUCUGGCACUUUCCACACUUUCCUUCUGCAUAUACAAGCACAAUAGAGGUGUCUUCAGGAGACUUGCACAGUUUGGGAAUCCUUACUACCCUACAACCAACUUCAGCACAGUACAUUUGGAAGAAAAUAUUCUCAUUUGUGAUCUUGAGAAGACUGACCAAUAACAAUGAAUUCAGAGAAUGCCACAGCCCUAAUGAUAAGUAAAGACAGGAGUCUCCCCCGCAUUUUCCUUUACAGACCAGAGGCCACUAUAAUUUGAACUGUGUCACUAUUUUAAUUAUUCUUAAACAAAUCAGAUGGGUGUUGAUUUAUUCAUUUCCCCAAACUGUGAUCUAUUCUUAAAAUGGGGAAAUUAUACAAUGGUUACUAGUCAGAAAACAGGAACUAUUAAAAGUAACUCCCUAUUGAAGACUCUCAAACCAAUGUGAAUAAUAAGUUUUGUAUUACUAUAUUUCUACUGAAAUUUUAAAAGAAUUUUCAAACUAAUCUUAUCUAUUCUGACAUUUACUCACACUCAUUCCAUUAAAAAAGAGAGGAAAUGAAACAAAUUAUAAAACACUAUGCUUGUAUAUAAGAUGAAAAGUUAAAGUCAUCUGAGAGGUUUCUUGUUUGUUUUUUAAAUCAGUUAUUUUAACAUCAGGGUUCAGAAAACUAAUUUCUAAACUUAAAACUCACAUAUUCUGGGCUCUAACCUAAUAUUUAGGGUGAUAUUUGUUUUUAUUAUUUCUGACUUCUCAAACUAAAGAAGAAAAAUGACCUGUCUUUAAAUAGGAAAGAUCUUAGUUAGCAACACACUUGCAUAAGCAACUAAAUAAUGUGGCCUAAAACCUUCAAUUAAUAAAUGAUGACUGUGUUUGAUAUUUUAAAAUAUAGAUAAGCUUUAAAUAAUUUAUUAAAAUUUCACUAUUAUUAAGA